AUGAAGAAUCUGAUCAUUGGCACUGACUAUGAGUGCUGGAUGAUUAUCAAAGAUGGUCCACGCAAGGUUGCUGAUAAGGCUGAUGGAACAGAAAAGAAGGAGAGUGAGUACACAAGUGUAGAUCUGAAAACUCUCGAGAAAAAUGCUAAAGCCAUGUCAUUACUUCAACAAGGUAUUGCUGAUAAUGAGGAAGCCAAAGAUCUAUCCACCUUGUCCAUGGAACAACUUAUUGGGUCGUUGAUGACUCAUGAGAUGUUGGUGGAUUCAAAGGAGGAAAGUACAACCAAAAGCCAUGGGUUAGCCCUGAAAGGUGAAGAGAAUGAUGAAGAUCUUGAUGAGAUUGGACUCAUGGCUAAGAGGUUUGAGAGGAGUCUCGGAACGCAGUUCAAGGGAAAGUCUUGGAAGAAUAAGGGCAACACAAAGAAGACCAGUAGCAGCACUGGUUGCUCCAAAUGUGGGGAAGCUGGACACAUGAUCAAAGACUGUCCAGCAUGGAAGAAUGACAAAGGAGGACAGAAGGAGAAGAGGAUGACAAAGAGGGUUAUGCUAGCUGCCUGGGGUGAUUAUGAUUCAGGUGGUGAAAGCGAGGAGGAUGAAGCCCUAGUUUGUGUGACUGCACUGAUUGGGGACAUAGAGCAGAGGCAGACUAGUUCAGGGAGAAAGGGAGACAUAUGUCUUAUGGCAGGAAGCAGCUCUUCCAAUGAAGAACAGAAUGUUGAAGGAAAUGCUGCUUAUAAGGCUAACAAAAGGAAGUUAAGAGAAAUUAUAGGUCAGAAGGGCAUGACAUAUGCAGGUGGUGUUCUGAAAAUGAAGGUUGAAGCAAAGGGUGAUGCAGCUGGUGCAGGGACCAGUACGGAAUCAGUUCAGGCAACUCAUGCUUUGGUAAAGCAGUUGAGCGAGCAGAAUCAGAUGAUGCAGAACAUGAUGAACACUGUUACUGAGUUGUGUUCUGCACUUCAGGAAUCCUACAAGAGGGUUGAGGUUCGCCUUGACAGAGCUGGCAUUCAGUCAAGAAAGGAUUCUGAAGAGAAGGAAGACUCAUCUGCUGCUACAGGUAAUGGUGAUGAUGAACUGGUUUCUGAGGAGAAGGAAGAAGAGGAGGCUGAGGAAGAUGAAGAAGCUGCUUCAGAGGACCUCGAGGAAGACGAGGAGGGAGAUGAGACUGAACCUGACUCUGGAGCAGAUUAA